GUUAACUUCAGUUAUGUUGGUUAUGUUAUUGUAACAUCGGAGUAAGCUGGAAUAAACGAAGUAGAUUAUUUUAUAACAAAUUAAUCGAAAUUUGAAGUAAAAAAUUGCGUGGCAAGAUGGUUUUACUGGAACAUAUGAGAAAUAUAUUACCGGCUGUGCAACAGACAUUUAUGCAAAGGUAUUUUCAUACGAGUACAAUAGUCAGUAAAGUGCAAUCUGGACGCUACAAAAUCACAAUCAACAAAAACAAACCAUUAACAUAUGAAAUGGCAAAUCCGCCUCAUUACAUCGCUCAUAGAAAAUCUUGGAACUCUUGGAACACCUCGAAUAUAAAGGAUGGUAAUAGACCUUCUGAGACAGCUUUAGAAGAUAUGUUUAUUCGACAGUUUAUGUGGGGAACAUGGCCUAAUUUAUUUGCAAGUGAAAUUAUUAUUAAGCGGCAACACAAUAUUAUUAGGAUAGCUGGAAUCAUCACUCGUACUUUAAUACCUUACAAGAUAUAUUUCUUAACUGGCUAUACCGAGGAACUUUUGAGUUAUUGGCUUCAGUGUCCCGUUAAAGUGGAAUUAGUCACGAUUGAUAAUAAGAAAGAAAUGAUAUUUAAAUAUGUAUAGAAACUCAAUAUAUGUAAAUACAAUAAAUUA